GCCGCUGAAUAUGAUGUUAAUGAGCAUGAAUUGACUUUAGAGCAGUUAUCAGAUAAGUUUACCACUGAUAUUAAUUUUAGUGACCCAUCACAAUCAGGUGGAUUAACUUCAUCAUUGGCAUCAGAGUUAUUAAGUAGAUACGGUAAAAAUGUUUUAAAGCCACCAAAAGAAAUUCCAUGGUAUGUUCAAUUAGCAAAGUGUUUUACAAAUUUCUUUAUGAUCCUAUUAGAGGUUGCAGGUGCUUUGUGCUUUUUGGCUUAUGGUUUGGAUAGAAGUAUUAGGGUUAAUUUAUAUUUGGCUUGUGUUCUUUAUGCAAUUGUUAUAUUUACAUGUCUUUUAACCUUUUCUCAAGAGCGUCAAACUGGUAAUAUUAUGAAAUCAUUCAAGAAUCUUUUACCACAAUCAUGUCGUGUUAUUCGUGACGGAUCAGAGACUAAAAUUAAAGUAGAAGAUAUUGUUAUUGGUGAUAUUGUGGUUGUUUCCGCUGGUGACAAAGUUCCAGGUGAUAUUCGUAUCAUUACUUGCAAUGGUAUGAAGGUAGAUAACUCUUCAUUAACUGGUGAAAGUGAAGCACAAUCAUGUACAGUUACAUGUACAGAUGAUAAUCCACUCGAAUCACACAAUCUCGCUUUCUAUGGUACUCUUGUUAUGGAUGGUUCAGCUAGAGGUGUUGUAAUUAGAACUGGUACAAAUACUUUAAUUGGUAAAAUUGCAGAUAUGGCAUCAAAUACAGAACAAACAGAAACUACUCUUCAAAUAGAAACCAAAAGAUUUGUUCAUUUUAUUACUGUUCUUGGUAUUACUAUGGGUCUUCUCUUUUUUAUUAUUGGCUUCUGUGUCGGUAUUAAACCCAUUCCAAAUUUAAUUAACGUACUUGGUUUAAUUGUAGCUAAUGUUCCAGAAGGUCUCCCAUCAACAAUUACUGCUUGUUUGACUGUAACAGCCCGUCGUCUCUCUAAAAGAAAUGUUUAUAGUAAAAAGUUAGAAUCUAUUGAAACUCUUGGUUCAAUUACUUUAAUUGCUUCAGAUAAAACUGGUACUCUUACUCAAAAUCGUAUGACUGUUAGCCACAUGUGGUAUGAUAAUACAAUCUUUAGAGCAAUUGAAAAUGGUGGUACCAUAGAUAGAACUCUCUUUGACUUAGGAACUCCAACAUGUUCAAAUCUUAUUAGAGUUGGUGCAUGUUGUAACCGUGCAGAUUUCGAUAGAUUAUUAGAAGGUAAUAUGGAAAGACCAAUAGAGAAUCGUUUAAUCCUUGGUGAUGCUUCCGAAAGUGCCCUUGUUCGUCUUUGUCAUAAAAUUGAAGAUAUAGAAAUUACUCGUGCAAAAAAUUCCAAAGUAUUCGAAAUCCCUUUCAAUUCAACAAACAAAUGGCAAUUAUCUAUCCACAAAUUAGAAAAUGAUAAUUCAUCAUCAAGAAUUCUUUAUAUGAAAGGUGCUCCAGAAAUUAUUUUUGAAAAAUGUUCAAAGAUUAUGCAAAAUGGUAAAGAGAUUCCAAUCGAUGAAAAAAUCAAUGCCGAUUUUAUUACUGCAUACGAGGCACUAGGUAGUAUGGGUGAAAGAUGUCUUGGUUUCGCACAGCUUCUUUUAACUGAUGAAAAUACAGUUCCAAACGAUCUUUACGAUGCUCAAAUUUUAAAUUUCCCAAUGACUGGUCUUACAUUUGUAGGUCUUUGUUCACUUUUAGAUCCACCAAGAGAAAAUGUACCAUUUGCAGUUCAUCAAUGUAAAACUGCAGGUAUUAAGGUUAUUAUGGUUACCGGUGAUCAUCCAAUUACAGCCAAGGCUAUUGCAAAAAAAGUUGGUAUUAUUUCAUCACCAACUGUUGAAGAUAUAGCUCAAGAAAGAGGUGUUCCAGUUUCCGAAGUUGAUGAUAGCGAAGCAGGUGCUAUUGUACUCCAUGGUGCUCAAUUAAGAGAGUUUACAGAGGCCGAUUGGGAUAGAGUUUUAAGUAAAGGUGAAAUUGUUUUUGCUCGUACUUCACCACAACAAAAAUCUCAAAUUGUAGAAAAUGCUCAAAGAAGAAAGGAGGUAGUUGCCGUAACUGGUGAUGGUGUUAAUGACUCCCCAGCUCUUAAAAAAGCAGAUAUUGGUGUUGCUAUGGGUGUUGUAGGUAGUGAUGUCGCUAAAGAAACUGCUGAUAUUAUUCUUUUGGAUGAUAAUUUCGCUUCAAUUGUUGCAGGUAUCGAAGAGGGUAGAAUUAUUUUCGAUAAUUUAAAGAAAUCUAUUGCUUAUACUCUUUCACAUGCUAUCCCAGAAAUUGCUCCAUUCCUUUUAAAUAUUGUUUCAGGUAUUCCAUUGGCAAUUACCUCAUUCCUUAUUCUUUGCAUAGAUUUAGGUACUGAAAUGGCACCAGCUAUUUCUCUUGCUUAUGAAAAAGGUGAAAAAGAUAUUAUGACUCGUAAACCACGUGUACUUGGUAAAGAUCAUCUUGUAACCACCAAUCUUCUCUCAUACAGUUAUCUUCAAGCAGGUCCAAUUGAAGCCAUCGUUUCAUUCCUCAAUUUCUUCCUUGUUAUGGCUGCAGAAGGUUUCCCACCACACAUUCUCCCAGGUACAACCCAAGAUUAUUUUAUCGAAACUGCUUUACCAUUAAAUGGUAAAAAUGCUCACCAACAAAUUACUGCACUUCGUAAAGCUCAAACUGCAUACUUUAUGACUUUGGUUAUGUGCCAGUUCUUUAAUCUCAUAACAAAUAAAACUCGUGUAGUACCAUUAUGGAGACAUGGUAUGAUGAAUAUGUAUGUCAAUAUUGGUCUUAUCAUCGAAGCUGGUAUUUGUUGUUUUGUUAUCUACACCCCAUUUAUCCAUACAAUUAUCGAAUCAGAAGUAUUCCCAGGAAAGUUUUGGGCUUAUCCUUUACCAAUGGUAUUUUGUCUAUUUGCUUGGAACGAAAUUAGAAAGAGAAUUGCAUUUGAUCAUAGUUUCAAGAUAUCAUCAUCAUUGGCUUUUUAA